UAUUUUUCCAGAUUUCACAUAAAUAAGCAAAAAAAAAACCCGAUGCCAGGUUUGGGAAGAGUCCCCGGUGUGUCUGACGGCGUGAAACCCGUUGACGAUUCCCAACAUCGGGAACACCGAAAAAAGUCCGGCAUGAAAUCGAAAUCGCGCAAACUCCGUGUCGGAGGCAACUCGGCGGAAAUCAAGUCAUAUUUGGCAAAACUCAAAGACCUCGUCCCGUUCAUGCCCAAAGACAAGAAAGUCUCGAAGCUGGAAGUGAUCCACUGUGUAAUCGAUUACAUCUGUCAGCUCCAGUGCGAGUUGGAAGACCAACUGGCGUCUACGAGCGCCACGUUUCCAGUCCCAGCAAGAAGAAACUCCUUGUCCCCGAAACCGAACCCAUUGUCACCCGUGUCGAACCCACGCAGUCCUGCGAUUGAGCCAGUACAAAGUGCAUCGGACGACGCCGAUGCAAGUGAUAAAAGCCCGGAAUGCGCACCAUGAAAUGGACGGGGAAAGCUUUCUCUGAAUCUCCACGGAUUUGUUUCUUCUCAAAUUGUGUUGGCAUCUCCUUUUUUGGCCACCGAGUGGCCCAAUUUUUCACUUCGAUCCGUGACUGAGGUGUUCUGGCCACUCGCUAACGAGGGACUCCUUGAUGGUCAUGUACGUCAAAGCGUUUCUUCAAGUGGGACCCGUGAACACCGACUUUGCUUCGGGCGCAAUUGGAUUCCGAAGACAGAUUCUAAGUUACGUUUUUGUUGCAUCCAGCAUGACUGUGAUAUUUGAUAUAUUCACUCCAUUUUUAUUUCGCCGAAGACGGUCUAUGUCGUGAAAAGUGCAUACGGCCGAGCGAUGCCUGAUUUGUAUUGAAAUACCGACGCGAAAGGAAGUUUAUAUACAAGCAAAUUGCAUCCAUCAU